GUUAUCGCGAGACUUUGUUUUACCGCGAGUUUUCCUGUCGACAUCCCGUGAAUGUAACCGGCCAUCUUGUCGCGCCGAAGAGGAGAAGAGCAGUAGAUAUGGCUGACUACAGCAGCGUGGCUCCCCCUUCCUCUAACGCCGGCGGUGGAAUGAACGACGCUUUUAAAGACGCUCUACAGCGAGCACGACAGAUUGCAGCGAAGAUCGGUGGUGAUGGCGUUGCGGCACCCCCAACAAACGAGUUUGGCUACGGCGGCCAGAAAAGGCCCCUGGAGGACGCUGGUGGGUAUUUUCCCAUGCCUAACCUGAAUAUCGACCAACCAGAGACGAAGAAAGUGGCUACAAAUGACGCCUUUUCAGGAAUGGGAGGAAUGGGUGGUCCAAGGUCAAUAUCAGAGGAAUUCAAGGUUCCAGAUGGAAUGGUUGGAUUCAUUAUUGGAAGAGGAGGUGAACAAAUCUCACGUCUGCAGCAAGAGUCUGGAUGUAAGAUACAGAUUGCGCCUGACAGUGGAGGAAUGCCAGAUCGGUCGGUGACAUUAACAGGAGGACCAGAAUCCAUCCAGGCUGCAAAGAGGCUACUAACAGAGAUAGUUGAGAAGGGGCGCCCAGCUCCCGCAUUCAACCACAACGACGGCCCGGGAAUGACGGUCCAGGAGAUUAUGGUCCCUGCCUCUAAAGCCGGACUCGUCAUUGGGAAGGGAGGAGAAACUAUCAAAAGUCUUCAGGAAAGAGCGGGAGUGAAGAUGGUCAUGAUCCAAGACGGACCCCAAAACACAGGUGCAGACAAGCCACUCCGCAUUUCAGGAGAACCCUUUAAAGUUCAGCAAGCCAAAGAGAUGGUGAUGGAGCUGAUCAGAGAUCAAGGCUUCAGGGAGCAGAGGGGCGAGUAUGGUUCACGAGUUGGAGGAGGCGGAGGAGGUGGUGGUGGCGGAGGAGACAGCUUGGAUGUUCCCGUCCCCCGGUUUGCAGUGGGAAUUGUUAUUGGCAGAAAUGGAGAGAUGAUCAAGAAAAUACAGAAUGACACAGGUGUCAGGAUUCAGUUUAAACCAGAUGAUGGCAGCACGCCGGACAGGAUAGCACAGAUUAUGGGUCCCCCUGACCAGGCUCAGCAUGCAGCAGAAAUUAUAUCCGAUCUGCUGAGGAGUGUCCAGGCCGGCGGGCCUCCAGGGCAUGGUGGUGGUGGCAGAGGUCGUGGUCGCGGGCAGGGGAACUGGAACAUGGGUCCCCCUGGUGGACUGCAGGAGUUCACCUUCACUGUCCCAACCAUGAAGACUGGCCUCAUCAUUGGAAAAGGUGGGGAGACAAUCAAGGGCAUCAGCCAGCAGUCCGGAGCCAGGAUCGAGCUGCAAAGGAAUCCUCCACCCAACGCUGAUCCCAACAUCAAAAUGUUCACAGUUCGGGGCUCCCCUCAGCAGAUCGACUACGCCAGGCAGCUGGUGGAAGAGAAAAUUGGGGGACCAGUCACUCCAAUGGGUGGCCCACACGGUCCACACGGAGGUCCAGGCCCACAUGGUCCUCCUGGACCCCCUGGACCUCCUGGGGCUCCCAUGGGUCCAUACAACCCCGGACCAUACAACCAGGGGCCUCCAGGACCCCAUGGUCCACCAGCGCCGUACCAGCCUCAGGGAUGGGGCAAUGGCUACCCACACUGGCAACAAGGACAACCUGAUCCAAAUAAAGCAGCAGCCGAUGCCAACGCAGCAGCGUGGGCAGCCUACUACGCUCAGUACAGCCAGCAGCCGCAGGCUCCCAUGACCCCGACAAGUGGAGCUCCUGGCACGACUCAAACCAACGGCCAAGGUGACCCACAGGCUGCAGGUCAGAGUGGACAGGCAGAUUACUCCGAGGCCUGGGAGGAAUAUUACAAGAAAAUGGGUCAACAGAGUCAACAACCUCAGGACUACACAAAAGCCUGGGAGGAAUAUUACAAGAAACAAGGUCAAGCAGCCCCUCAGGCCACAGCAGCAGCAGCAGCAGCCGCUUCCCAGCCUGGAGGCCAGCCAGACUACAGCGCUGCCUGGGCGGAGUACUACCGCCAGCAGGCCGCUUACUACGGCACAGCCAACCCUCAGACGAUGGGUGCAGCACCACAAGCCCCUCAGGUACACCCCCGAUAAGAAUCUGCCCGCCACAUCCACUGAAUACUCAAUUAUUUUGUGCCCUAACAGCCUUCCUUCCUCAGGUUUUACAGGGCUCCGGUGACUGCAGCAGCUUACACACUUAACCAAAACUAUUUCCUCCCUAAACAGGUUUUAAUUUAUUUUGGGAAGCUGAGUCCACUGUUUCUGUUGUUAACAUGCAAUGUAUCUUCUAUGUAUUUCUUCUGCACAGGGCCAGUAAUGUGAAGUGGACAUAAAGUAAAUGCUACAUUGUCGAAACAAAAUCCUUUGUUUAAUGUUUGGAUGCAGACGCCUUGAUGAAGAUCUUAAAUUUCCUUGGUUUGAAAGUGUUUCACAUAGAUGGCAGAUUACCCGGCGAACACGUCCUCUUCCUUUUUUUUUUUUUUUUCUUUUUCUUGUAAAUGCUUUGUUUUUAGUGAGGUAAUUAUACAUAUGGUCAUUCCAGCCCUGUAUCUACAUUAAAUGUGGUUAGAACUCAUGUUUAUUAAACUGUAGACAUUACCAUGUAAAUCAUCUCAGUUUUAAAAUGCUAUUGCCUGUUGUGUUUUUGCAAUAAAACAAACUGAAACCUCCUUUGUUGGUAAGUUGGGGUGGUUUUAAACCAAAAGGGUUAAGAGGAAUUUCUGUAUGUUUUUAUUUUACGGGGGGCAAGUUUGAAACGCAGGCCAUGUUAAAUUGUCCAAAAUGGUUGACUCAAAAGUUGUGCUGUCCUGUCUCUCUCCAACUGUCUAUAAGGCUCUUAGAUACAUUAUGUGCGUGCAAUGAUCCUGAGUGGUUCAGACCAACAAACGUCCUUGUUGAUAGACCUUUUUUUACACGUGUUUCCUGACUUUGCUCUGACUUUAGCAGUAGACAGAUGUUUGUCAUAAGAAAGUCGACAGGUAUCUAUGUACCGUAACUCAUGCAUUAACUGCGUUGCUGUGGCACUCUUCUUCUUUUUUUUUUUUCUUUUGAAAAUUUUGCCUGGUUUGCUGACAUUGUUGAGGUAGUAUGCUCUGUAUUUUGCCUUGAUAUAGACACUUCCUCCUCCACAGGAAAGUUUAGUAAAGCGGUAAGCAAGUAUUCUUCCUUAACAUGUUCCUCAGAAAACGUGGUUGCAAGAAAUGUUGCAUUUUUAGUGUUAUAUAUAUUUUGUGGUGUUCUUCUUCCAGGACAGUCAGGUAAAUUGCCACUGUAUCGAAAAUGCAUUGAAACGUUUGUCUUGCCCAUUUCAAAUUGCGAACUAACUCACAUGUAUAAAUUUGUUUUUAAAAGAAUGUUUUUUUAAUAUAAAAACAUUGCAAAAUCGCCAUUGCUGUCCCCAUUCUGUUAGUGUUUAUCGAAUAUAAGAACAUAGAUGUUGUAGGGUCGGGGGUGGCUAAGCAGUCUUCAUCCAUCAGUUGAGCCCUCCUAUACUGUAAGUACAAAACUGUGACUGACUUUGAGAGAAACGCCUUAUUUGAUGCUUUACAAACUGCCAAAGAUGUAGUAUUUUUGUCAAAUAUUGCCAUUUUCCCUAUGUCUCUGGGUAAGUAUGAAAUGUUCUGAGGAGAGGAAUAGUACUUUAGAAUCUUGUACCACAUAUUUCUGAGACUUAUUUCCCUUUGACUACAUUAAGACUUUGAAUCUUAACAGUAUGUUGAUACUUGUUAGAUUGUUAGACUUUGUGUAGGUAGCAUUUCAUUGCUAGUUGGAUUUCUGAACUGAGUUUGAAUGUCAGCACUCUUAUACUGUUGGUAGGAACUGUUUAAGGAUGCCCAUGUGGUUUUUUGCGUUUUGAAUAUCUGAACUGCUAAGUGCCAUUGUCUAGUUGAGACUGUCAUGUUUUUAAAUGCCAUUUAUUGCAUCAUAUUGCUUUCAAAAGUCCUACUGCAUAACUUCAGUGUAGCAUGCUUAGGAUUCUUCUGCUGUUAUUACUUUUAAUGUCCUAUAUGAGCAUGUGGAAUGCUAGUAGCGGGAGUGCUUCUGACUAGCCCAGUAUUAUGACAUUUUCUGAAUGAGCACUGUUGUGAAAGGCUGUUAAUUUUAAGCAUUGUUCACUGAUGGCAAACAGUGCAAUAUAUCUGAUCUUUGCAGUGUCGUCCCAGACCUUGCACCUUAGGUUCUGCUGCAAUAACACAGGUAAGCGAAACCUAAGGAAACCAGUGUUUUUGUCCAGUGACAUGACCAAUUUACAUGCAAAGAAAUGCUUACCUGUGUCUUUAACAUGCCUCAAUGCAUUUUAUGCUUAGUCGUGAAGAAAUGUCCAGGAUAUAUCGAAGUAUGAACAGCCCUUUAAGAUAUGCUUUCAUGAAUGAACUGCAUGACAUGAGCUGUAUGACUUGUUACAUGAAGUUUGACUUUUCAAAAAGUGACUUUACCCAGAAAUAGUUGCAUAGGCUCACUAAGGAAAUGUCAUUGUCGUAUGUGCUUAAUAUUUGAUGAUAGCCUUAUCUUUGCAUCCUGGUAAGUCUGAUGGCGACUGUGUAUCGAUGCUUUAGACAACUUUGAUACUGGUAUAUCAAAACUGCAUGCCAUGCCAACCUGUUGCCAGAAGUUAGCAAUGUGCUCAACCGCUAGAUCAAGAAACGGUGAAAUACAUGAUUUUUUUUUUUUCUGUCGUGGUGUGAAUCUGCCCUCAAGUGCAGUGCAAAUCUACUAUUGAAACUUCACUUCUCGCUCACAGUGUUGGAGGACGCUGCAAGCUUAGGUCAUAGAAUCAGGCCCUGUCGUAGUUUGUCCCCAAAAGGAGGAAUCCUUUGAGUCAAUCCCCACUGCUGAACGUAGACCGUUCAAGAGCUCCAGUGAUAAGGUAAAACAGCAACGCAAUGAAAUUUAAAUUCUGUGAUUGCAAAGUGUUGGUCAGAUACAUGUUUUUCAGCUCGGACCGACUGUUUUUAUAACCAUGAUGCCAUAGUGUAUUUAGAGUUGUCUGAUGGUUUAUUUUGUCGCUUGAAUGCAUUCAUCAGUGACCUUUAGUCAAUAGGAAUGUGCUUUAGAAAGUUGGAUGAGGACAGGAAGUGAUGUACUUUAAAAUGACUUGCACAGUUUUAUUGGCAGUAAAAAUUUGGGGGUUAUUUUUAAAUCACUUUUCUCUGUAGUUAAAGGGUCACUUACUGUUUCUGUUCAUCUGUACAUGUGAGAUGCUCAGUGUUUCAACACAGUUCGUGGGGGUGUAGAAGACAAAACAAGGAGCAUGCAUUAGAGGUAAAAAA